CAUAUUAUCAUAAAGUUUUUAAAUCAUGUGAAACUAGUGUUUUAGUUUGCAUCAGUGAAGUUUUUUAUCGAACAAAAUGAAUGUGAUCAAGUUUAUAGUGACGUCAUCUCUACUUUGUAUCGUCCAGUGUAAAGACGACCCUAUGUUCUCUGGGGAGGGGUCCAAUGUGACCGUGGUGGUGGGGAGAGAUGCAACACUGGUAUGCACCGUGGAGAACCUUCACAGCUACAAGGUGGCGUGGCUGCGCGUGGACACGCAGACAAUCCUGACGCUGGGGCCACAUGUAAUCACGAAGAAUCACAGGGUGGGGGUGGCCCGUCUGGACCCGCAAUCGUGGGCCCUCACAGUGAGGGACGUGAGGCCCUCUGAUGGCGGGAGGUACAUGUGCCAGAUCAACACGGAACCCAUGAUCACGCAGACACAUAUCUUGCAGGUUUCAGUACCACCAGAUAUAGAAGACAGUAGCAGCAGCGGGUCGGUGCUGGUGCGCGAGGGAGACCACGUGUCCCUGCACUGCGCAGCCUCGGGCAUACCACCGCCAGCCAUCACCUGGCGCAGAGAAGAUAACAGCCCCAUCACACUAGCUACACACACAGUGGGCAAGUGGAGCGGGGAAUGGUUGAACAUGACGGCAGUGCAGAGGGACAUGAGUGGGGCGUACCUCUGUAUAGCCACCAACGGAGUGCCGCCCUCAGUCAGCAAGAGGAUAAUGCUCCACGUCCUAUGCAAACCAUCAGUGAGAAUGUCUCAGAAAAUGAUUGGUGGGUACGUCGGCGAGACAGUGACGAUGCUGUGCAAGAUUGAGACUUAUCCCGUACCAGUAGUGUACUGGACGCAUCUGGAGGGAAGACUGCAUAAUGGUUCAAAGUACCAGAUGAGUGUGUCGUCGAAGGGUUAUAAGCAUGAAGCCUCCCUGAGGGUGACCGAGCUGUCAAGAGAUGACAUUGGGCCGUAUAGUUGUCACGCUGAAAACGCCCUAGGGUCUGCAUGGGAUGACAUUACACUUUACACUCUGGUUACGACUACGUUCACGUCGACUUCGGUAGAGACCACGAAACACGAAGUAAUAUCCACCACGGUUAAUCCACAUACGGAAAAGGAUGAGGAGCGGACCCUGAAGAAAGACUUCUUCGAUGAGGAUAACUUUGUAGUUGUCCUCAGCCAACAUCAAAUGCAAAACUUAGAUGUAUCACCAACGUCGUGACCAGAGGAGAGUCCAAAUUGGACUUUAUGGUCAUCAGCAGCAAGGUUGCAAGUGUCUGUGCUUAUUCUGUGUAGUUUCCUCAUCAUUGCGUAUUAAGGGUUGAACCACAACUGACAGCACCGGGCCGCACUUUCCUAUGCUUUAUAUCCUUUUAUUUCGUGCGGUUGCUCUUAUGCUCUUUCUCGCUCUAGGAAACGACGGUUGUGAGUGUCAGACAAGGAUAGAAACAUAGAAGAGUUCAAUGCGGUGUGGUCAGAUGUAAUUCAACCUUAAAGGGACAGUUGUGAACUGUGAAAACAAUAGUAUUAAAUACUUUAAGGUUAAGUGAUAUUGUUCAAAAUAAAAGAGCUUCAUAAUGUUGA